AUGUCAGAAGUUCAAAUUGCUCCUGAAUUGUUGUCUGGUUCUAGUACUGGAAACGUGACUCCAACUUCUGGUUCGGACUCUACAGACAGACUAGUAACUCGUUCUGGUUUAAGUAGGCUUUUCAAUAACGGUAAUUCACCCAAUCUUUUGAACAUUAGGUACCAAGCAAAUGAAAUAUGCGACUCUGAGGAAGAACGUGAUGGCUUACCAAGAUAUGACUCGGCUUCAUAUGAGAUGAGUAUUGUUGACUCGGAAACCGAUCCCUCGACGACGUCGAAUAUAAACCAACUGUCUUCAAAUGAAAAUUUUACAAAAGGAAUUCUAAAAGUAAACGUUUCCGGGAUUAGUCACUAUAAUGUUAGCAGUCAUGCAAAUUCUUUAAAAAUGCUGAUAUCUUAUGAUGAUGUAUCAAUGUCAAGCUAUGGUAGGAAAUCGAGUAACAUUGAGCAAGCUUUUAGUUCAAGUGACACGAAUGAGAAUACCACAUCAAAUAGGUUUGGAACUUGGAGAGAAAACGAAUCAAAUAAUAAUUUUAAUACCAACGAAUAUCUUUCUCCAAUUGAAUGGUCGACUACUAUAGUCUUUGAUGUAACUAAUGAUAAUUCGAAUGUACAUAUAUCUUUAUACAAUGGCCUUCAGGAAGACAGGUUAAUUGGCAAUGCCUCAUUCAUUCCUGAAACAAAAUAUUUGACUACUAAUAUAAUCAGAGGGUGGUAUACCUUAACUGGUGGGGAAUCAUCUGAAAGAGGUGAUGAAAAUGGAGAGGGAAAGUACAGACUGUAUGUUGAAUACGAUUAUCAGGUUGAGCAUGGCAAGAAGUUUGUUCCAGAAAAUUUCGAACUUUUAAAACUACUGGGAAAGGGUACAUUUGGUAGAGUGUACCAAGUUGAAAAGAAAGAUACAGGGAAACUUUAUGCAAUGAAGGUAAUUUCUAAAUCGCAUAUAAUUAAAAAGAAUGAAAUUGGUCAUACCUUAAACGAAAGAAAUAUACUUGUCAAAAAUGUAAUAAAUAGUUGUCCAUUUAUCGUAAAUUUGAAAUAUUCAUUUCAAACUAAUGAGAACUUAUAUCUCGUAACUGACUUUAAAAGUGGUGGUGAAUUAUUUAUGCAUUUACAAUAUUGUGGAACCUUUGAAGAGUCUCGUUCGAGAUUCUAUGCUGCAGAGUUAGUUUUAGCGUUGGAAUAUUUGCACGACAAUGAUAUAAUUUACAGAGACUUGAAACCAGAAAAUGUUUUAUUAGAUGCAAGCGGAAAUAUUUCACUAUGUGAUUUUGGCCUAUCGAAACUGGAUAUAAAGGGAAAAACACGUACGUUUUGUGGAACUACAGAGUACUUGGCUCCAGAAAUAUUAACUGAGAAGAGUGGAUACACCCACAUGGUUGAUUUCUGGGGUCUUGGGAUAUUAAUGUUUGAGAUGUGUUGUGGAUGGUCCCCAUUCAAAGCACCAACUAUUCAGUUGGUGUAUAACAACAUUGUUUUUUCAAAGAUUAAGUUCCCAAAAUGUAACCUUAGUCAAGAUGGCAGAAACUUUAUUAAACAACUUUUGAAUAGAAAACCAGACCAUCGUCUCGGUUCAAAUGAUGGAGCUAGAGAAUUGAAGAAACAUCCAUUUUUUAAAGAUAUAGACUGGGUAGCAAUGUUGAAAAAAGAAAUUGAGCCACCUUUUAUACCAAUACUAAAUUCUGACAAGGAUACUGCUUAUUUUGAUAAAGAAUUUACUAAAAUACCUAAAGAAAAACUAUCUUCGCAUUCGAAUUAUUACGACAACGAAUUAUCAAAUAGUAUGCAGAACUGUUUUUCUGGAUUCACUUUCGAAGAAGAUUCAAUAUUAUCUACUAACAAAAAACAACAAUGGAUUCCAGCUGCAUUCCCUGAAGAUUCAGACUUAUUGAUGAAAGAUGUCAAUAUUGAAACUAGAGUCUCUGCUACGCAAGAAUGGAGAACUAAUCGUUUAGAUACCACAUUCGAGCCUUUGGAUUUGCAUGACAAUGGCAAUAAUAAAUAUAUCCCAUUAAAUCCUUCCUUAUUGAGAUACGAAGGAAUCGAUUCUCGAGAAUAA